AUGGAUCCCGGGUACUUCGAUAUAGACAGACAGCAGAACCCGAGGGAAAAGGCUAACUUGGUGUCUAAGACAUGUUUUUGGUACACGCGACCCAUUUUCGAGAAGGGCAGAAAAGGACAGCUCAGCAUAUCUGAUGUUUACAGGUGUACACCGGGCCACAGGGCUGCUCCACGUGGCGAUGUCAUGAGUGAAACUUGGAAAAACGAACUCUUGGAACAAGAUAAAACCAAAAAACCGUCGCUGUUACGAUGCAUUAUAAAGAAUUACGGAGUUAAAUUCAUUGUAUCUAAUAUUAUAUUUGCAAUAGUCGAUACCUCACUUAGAAUAACAACGCCAAUGUGCCUCGAAGGUCUCAUCAACUAUUUCUCACCCUCACAUUCCGGGGUAACCACCUCGGAAGCAUAUUUGUACGCUUUAGGCGUGGUCAGUUUUAUGGCGAUCAAUGCGAGUAUAAUCCAUCCCAUGUUACUAUAUUUACUGGAUAUGAGUAUGAAAGUCAGGGUGGCUUGCUGUUCUUUGAUUUAUAGAAAGUUACUUCGCCUAGAUUUAACAGCCGGUGGGAAAGCGUCGGAAGGCUUAGCCGGCCACGUGGUCAACCUACUGACCACGGACGCUCAGCGUUUCGACAUGGCCAGUGUCUUCAUGGUCGACCUGGUCAGGACCCCGGUUGAGAGCGUCAUUAUAGUUUACCUGAUGUAUAGACAGAUUGGAGUUUCCUCUAUUAUAGGAGUAGCGUUUCUCUUGAUGUUUAUUCCUCUACAAGGCUACUUGGGCAAAAUCUCAAGUCGUCUACGCCAUCAGACUGCUGUGAGGACAGAUAACAGAAUCCGUCUGAUGAACGAAGUGAUCCAGAGCAUAGAAGCCAUCAAGAUGUACGCUUGGGAGAACGCGUUCGCCGGGAUUAUUGGGAGAGCUAGGAAAAAAGAAAUGAACGUGAUCAAAAAAAUGUCAUGGCUGCGGGCGGUCAUGAUAUCUUGCGUCAAACUGAAUACAAAGGUGGCAAUAUUCAUAAGUAUUAUAGCGUUCAUCUCCUUUCAAAACGACCUCACUGCCGCCAAAGUCUUCGUCAUUUUCUCCUACUAUGAUAUGUUAAAGUAUACUUUGGUCGAUUUUUUGCCACUGGCAAUAACGUUCACUUUGGAAGCGUACGUCAGUGUCAAGAGAAUGCAAGAAUUCCUAUUGUUGCCAGAAGUGGAAAACCAAGAUGGCGUCGAUUUAAUUAAUAUUGAGAAGAAAGAAAUGAAAACCAACGGUGUGUUUGAGAAAAUUGGAAAUGGUCAACAAGCAUACAUAAAAUCAGAGUCGAACCUAGAACAACUGAAGCCAGAUAUCCUGAUCAAUUUCAAAGACUACACGGUCUACUGGAAGAAUGUGGAAGACGAGAAAUUGGAUAGACAGAUUCCAGCCUUAAUGGACAUUAACUUAGCGAUAAAACCCGAUACACUUACCGUGAUUGUAGGUACAGUGGGCUCAGGCAAGUCCACUCUGAUACAAGCGAUGUUAAAAGAGCUUAUACCGAGCUCAGGAUCUCUUUCAGUUAGAGGAAACUUAGCGUAUGCCGCACAAGAACCAUGGCUCUUUGACGCUUCAGUCCGGCAAAACAUCUUAUUCGGUCAAGAUUUAGACUUGAGGAGAUACAAACAAGUAAUUAAGUGUUGUCAGCUGAAAACUGAUUUGGAUAUCUUGUCCCACGGAGACAAAUCUGUCGUUGGAGAAAGAGGCACAUCCUUAUCAGGUGGGCAGCGCGCGCGCAUAUCACUAGCCCGUUGCGUCUAUCAACACGCAGAUGUUUAUCUCUUGGACGACCCCCUAGCAGCAGUCGAUGCUAAGGUUGCGCAAGCGAUCUAUGAAGAAUGUAUUCGCGGUUUCCUUCGAGACAAGGCUGUGGUUCUAGUGACGCAUCACGUGCAGUACGCAAGGCAGGCGAACAACGUGUGCGUUAUGAGGGGGGGUAAGUUGGUGGCUCAAGGCUCUUACCGCGAUUUGAAGAAUGGCGUUCCCGAGUUCGAGCAACUGAUAGAAAUGGGAGAAAAGGUUGAAGAGAAACAAAAAGUGAACUUCUACGAAAAUAAAGAGAGUAUGGAACACUGUCAUAUACUGAGAUCGCAAAGGUCAAUGUCCGAAGCGUCACAGCUGUCAUUCAAUUUGGAUACAGAUAAUAAUUCCGACCCCAAAUAUGAAGGUGAAAGUCAGAACAAGGGUUCAGUAUCCAGCAGUGUCUACGUUUCAUACAUUGCCAGCGGCGGCGGCAAGUUCACUAUGCUGCUGUUGCUGUCGCUGUUCCUCAUAGCUCAGGUUUUCUACUCCUCCACUGACAUCUGGCUGAAGGAAUGGGUCAACUUGGAAGAAUCAAAUAGCGCGAACAGUAUAGCGACUCGAAAUAACGUAACCACUGACACGCCACCAGUGAUCUACGAAGAUCUUCCAUUGAACCGGUGGCACUUGACGCGUGCGCAGUGCGUCUACAUAUACGCGUCUCUGAUCGGCAUCUGUAUGUUCUUCACCUGGAAUAAGCUGCUCGUCUUCUACAACACCUGCAUCCGAGCUUCAGUUCAGUUGCAUGAUACCAUGUUUCGCGGUGUCACAAACGCGCCAAUGUGGUUCUUCCACCACAACCCAUCAGGUCGGAUCCUCAACAGAUUCUCGAAGGAUAUGGGGCAAGUUGAUACCUUGCUUCCCGUUGCUUUAGUCGAUUGUCUUGGGUUCUUUUUGGAAGUAAUAGCAAUAUUGGUGGUCGUCUGCUUGGUUAACUGGUGGUUGCUGCUGCCGACUGCUGGCGUUGCAUUCCUUCUAUUCCUGCUGCGUGCGCUGUUCCUUAGUACUAGUCGGGAGUUGAAGAGAAUUGAAGCUAUCGCUAGAAGUCAAAGUCUCAACCAUGCUGCUGCAACAGUAUCGGGCCUUGCCACGAUCCGCUCAACUGGUGAACAGCAACGGACUCUUGCGCAAGAGUUUGACAAACUACAAGACCUGCACAGUAGCUCCUGGGCCCUGGUUCUAACCACUAACAGAGCGUUUGGCUUCUGGAUGGAUAUGGUCUGCUGCCUCUAUUUAGGCACUGUGACAUUCAGUUUCUUUCUCUUCGCUGGAGAAGGUAAUAUGGGUGGAAACGUCGGUCUAGCUAUAACACAAGUUAUUGGACUCGUCGGAAUGUGUCAAUAUGGCAUGAGACAGACUGCGGAAGUUGAGAAUCAGAUGACAUCUGUAGAAAGAAUAUUGGAAUACACCAAUCUACCACCAGAAAACCCAGUUGAGCCAGAUCACAAAGCCUUGCAGACGGAAUGUCCCAGCGUUCAAUUUGAAGAGUGGCCUAAGAAUGGUGAAAUAGUAUUCGAAGACGUAUCCCUCGAGUACGAGAAGCCGCCGAAGAAGGAACCAGUGACGGAUCCAGCACCGAAGGUAGACGACACAGCAUACGCCAUCCGCGGUGUCAACUUCUCCAUUCGCCCUGGGGAGAAGGUGGCCGUGGUGGGGAGGACGGGGGCUGGGAAGAGUUCGCUUAUUGCGGCUCUAUUUAGGUUGAACAAAAUAACGGGCAAAGUGGCAGUGGAUGGCGUCACGUCGGAAUUGGCUGGACUCCGCGCGUGGAGGUCUCGCCUGUGCGCGUUGCCUCAGCGGCCCGCCCUGUUCGCAGCCACGCUUCGGGACAACUUGGACCCCGAACAGAAGUACUCCGACGCUCAGAUAAACGCUGCCUUGCAUGAGGUGGAGCUCCAAUCACUGGUAUCCGCUCUUCCGGGUGGUCUUUCGUCUCGCGUUGGGGAUGGUGGAGGAAAUCUGUCCAGUGGACAGAGGCAGCUGGUGUGCUUAGCGCGUGCGGCGUUGGCGAGACGAGCUGUGCUAGUGCUGGAUGAGGCGACCGCUAACGUCGAUACUGAAACGGACAGGCAAAUCCAAAGCACGAUUCGCAGUAAGUUCGCGAGCUCCACGGUCCUCACCAUCGCACAUCGACUCAACACAGUCAUGGACUAUGACCGGGUUAUCGUCAUGGACAAAGGUCACGUCGUAGAAACCGGUCAUCCCUUUGAACUUUUGACCCAAAGCAACGCCCAAUUAAAAGCAGAACAGCCGAGACGCACUUUACUAUCGAAGAGUCAGGCUCCCCUGGCAAUACCAGAGAACUUCCCAUUCCAGUCAUCUGGUGAAAGAAAUGAAGAGUCUGAGACUCUGAUAUUAUCGAAGGACAGAAUUAGGACUUAUUCUAACAGGUCGGAACUUAAUGAACCCGAGGGGGGAAUAUUCAAGGUCCUCGUUGAACAAACUGGCCCGGAAACUGCAGCCUUAUUGUACAAAAUGGCGGAAGAGAGCUACAAAAAGUUCCAAGAUAAGAAGAAUGCUUAA